CAUUUGCUGAACUGGCUGCAUUGCUCCAUGCCAAAUCCUUUAAGACAAAUGCAGGAUAUAUUUGGUGUUUGCAGGAUAGCAGAUGUUUUACAUUGGGAGCCAGUACAACAUUUUUUUUUCUGUAUGUUCAUCUAUCUUUUGUUUGUAUAUCAAGCAGCUGUCUUUUUGAAUAAGGAAGGAUCAAAUAAUUACAUGAAAAAGUGCAACUCUUUUCAACAUCUGACAGCUUUUUUUCCAUGAGAAGAUGGUAAUGUUGACUCUGGAAGCCUCAUGGAGUGCUGGCUGCUGCAGGCUAGGAAACAUCACUAGCACUAGGGCCAUGUGGGACCUCUCCUUAAAAAAGAAAAAAACUUUGAGAUUUUUUCACAGCCCAUUGUAAGCAAUCAGGCAAAUAGAAGCUUGCAGUCGUGCAGUGCACAGGCACUUCUCCUUUCCAGAAGGCAGAGAGCAAUGCUCAGUCUACUGACAGGCGAGCCAGCAGACCGACAAGACGUCAGGACAUGUUCUCAUAGCACUAACAGAUGGUAACAACACCAGUGGGUCUUCUGAAGCCCACUUUCCUUCUCCUGUGUGACUGCUCCUGAAUGCACAUUCAACCUCUUCUACUGCUGUCAGUGAAGACCUGCAGAUGCACUCAACUACAGGCUUACUUUUCAACCUUGCAUCUGUCUCUGCAUUCAUACCAAAACUGCACCCGCGAGAAGAGGAUACACAUGUUUUAUUGACAGAGCCACAGGUGGUUUGAGUUUGAGCUGUUGGUGGACUGGAAGGGCUUUUCCUGUGUGGUGAGCUGUGGCAUCUUUGGAGCCAGUAUGUUGCCUAUGGUUGUGACAUGUUUGGUAUUCAUCCUGCUGGGCUCGGGGCAAGCGCAGGUUGCCACACAGACUCGGGGGCAGAGCCAGAGUCGGGGCCAGGGGCAGGACAGCUCUGCUACCCCUUGGAGGCAGGUGAUUCAGUGGGAGAACAAUGGCCGCAUGUAUAGCUUGCUGAACAGUGGAGCUGAAUAUGUCCCUGCUGGGACGGGGGCCCAGGACAGAGGUCCUAGGGUGGUUGUAGCAGAUACACGUUCACGCUCUUCACAAAGACCUCAGAGAGGCAAUGUCCGCAGACAGGCACCAUCAAGAGGGUCCUCUGAGACUGUCCGUGGGCAGGCCAGGCAUCCUUUCGGCUUUGGGCAAGUUCCUGAUAACUGGAGACAAACUGCAGGCACCACAGGUGGUAGCCACUUUCAGGGAUCCUCUAGCACUCGCUUCAGGCCAUCCACUGGCUCUUCAUUUUCAUCAUCCUCAUCAUCCUUUUCUUCAUCUUCUUAUAACGUACCAUCCUACCAACAGUACCCAUUGCCUCAACAGCCUCCCUUCCAACCAGUACCUUAUGACCCUAGUUUUGGGGACGGACAAGUCAGGAACUACGAGCCACCCUUUCAGCCUGUCGUCGGUGGAGGAUAUGGUGGUGGAGGGUAUGGUGCUGGACGGGGAUACACUGGAGGAGGGUUUGGAGGUGGUGUGGCCCCUGUGCUCCCAGGCUCUCCUUCUGACUUUGCUGAAGAUGGUUACCACUUCUACCAGUCUUAUGGCUACGGGCCCAAUCCUGUGGUUCCUGCACGUGCUGCCCAACCACCAUUUUCAGAUGGUCUGGACCACAGAUACACCCACAGUAUCUACAACGAGGACUCUGCUCCAGCUGUCCCUGCCCCUGCUGUCCCUGCCCCUGACGCUAAUCACGCCACUCCUGUGGUAGUGGACAGGACAGGAGCAGCCGGUCAACCACCAAUCAGGAGCCCUCAGUAUGAGCAGUUUCCUCCAUUUGGAAGACCCCAACCUCCCUUCAUGCAGCCCAUUCCUCCAGGCAGAAAUUCUCCAAACUCUGCCCCUGAGAAUCCCAGUGUCAAUGUCGGGAGUGUGUACCGACCAGAACAGAGAGGUUUGCCUGACCUGGUUCCUGAUCCCAACUAUGUCCAGGCUUCCACAUACAUCCAGAGAGCCCACAUGUACUCCCUCCGCUGUGCUGCUGAGGAAAAAUGCCUAUCAAGCUCUGCCUAUGGCUCCGAGACCACCGACUAUGAUGUUAGAGUCCUUCUACGUUUCCCACAGAGGGUGAAGAACAAGGGUACUGCUGACUUCAUGCCUAACAGGCCACGUCAUACCUGGGAGUGGCACAGCUGUCAUCAGCACUACCACAGUAUGGACGAGUUCAGCCAUUAUGAUUUACUGGAGGCCAGCUCUGGCCGCAAAGUCGCAGAGGGACACAAGGCUAGCUUCUGUCUAGAAGACACAACCUGUGACUUUGGUCACCUGAAGCGUUAUGCCUGCACCGCUCACACUCAGGGUCUGAGCCCAGGCUGCUAUGAUACAUACAAUGCUGAUAUUGACUGCCAGUGGAUUGACAUCACAGACAUCCAGCCUGGAAACUACGUACUAAAACUCCAGGUCAAUCCCAAGUUCUUGGUGCUGGAAUCAGAUUUUACCAACAAUGUGGUCAGGUGUAACAUUCACUACACAGGACGGUUUGUUACAACAACCAACUGCAAGAUCGCACAGUCAUGAUCAGGCACUGGAAGGCUGCCACGCUAGAGUGACCCUGAUUGCUAUUCCAUUGAAAUGUGAAUGGAAUCCAUUUGUUGUUCGUCUUUACUGUUUUUCGUGCUGUUUUGGUAUCCUGGGCCCAUGGCAAGUGAGGGAUCCACUGGCACUGAUAAGAAUGUGGGGGUUUAAAGUAAGCACACACACACUGCAUAUUGCAUAAUGCAUUUUGCACAUUGAUAUCCCAUUAAUGACAGUUCAGAUCCCUGCAAUCUAUGUUAUAAUAUUGUCUUAUCAAAAACAUAUAUUAUAUUGCAACUAGCCACCCCAGUUUGUUUACAUGCUUUUGACACAUCAUUGACUUUCAAAAGAGGCGUUUACUGUAUCUACACACAGCAAGAAACAUCUAUCCACAGCUCCUGCAGAGUGUCUCUGUUUAAAUUAUUAAAGUGAGAAACGUUGCUGGUGCUGAAACGAGUGGUUCCCGACACAUCAGUGUUCAGCUGCAAUCCAACAAAUAAAAUUAGGGGACAAAGUCUUCCCAGGUGCAUUCAUCCAUGCAGCACGGGGACAGACAGAAAGGCCCAGUGACUCAGAAGAACCACAGUAUAAUGUGUUAGUUGUUUUCUCGCUCUUUCUCUCUCUCUCUUUCUCUCUCUCUCUCUCUCUCUUCACUGCCGCAAUGGGUCUGACUCAGAUAUUGCGAUUCUCUGGGCACGUCUUGUUUAAUGUUGUGUUAACAGCAAGAGGAAGACAGCAGGUCAUAUUUGCAUUUGUCUUCUCGUCAAAUUGUAAGUCAACAUAAAGACAAACUGUCAGCACUGGGUGCUGUACUCCUCUAAAUCCUUGCAUAUUCAAAUUGUGCCCCCAUUCGUCCUUUCUUAAUUCAGUUCAACAGGAACAGGAAGCUCAACUGGCAGAAAAGGGCACUUUCCAGAAUACAAGACUCACAGUAUGUAAGCUGUACGUUUACACUGCUUUGGGGUUUCUUCUUCAGCUACCAACACUGGUCAGGUGGCACAUAGGUCAUCUAUACCUUUUGAAGAAUGUAUAUACAAAUAUUCCACUGAUGCAUGACUUAAAUGAUGGAAAGUAUUUUGUUGUAACUGAUUAUAUUUGUUUAUCCAGUUUACCUGUUACUGUAAUUUGUGAAAUUCAGUGAACUUCUAUAUAUUAUUUUUCUUGAUAAUCUGAAUUAUUCUCAGUUUUAUUAAAACUGUAUGUGUUAUUGGAGAAAAAACACUGCUAUAAACUUAGUAUUGUAAUGCAGAGUACCAGAAAGCCGUCUUGACCUACCUCUCCAACUGAGUGAGCUGUUGUUUCCUGUUAAGUGUUUGGUUUCCAUUGGAAAUUCCUGCGAUUGCUGACUGUGGCUUCCUACCACUCUGGUGUAACACACACCUACUGUAAAACCCCUGAAUCUAUUACAGAACACAUGAUUUGGGACUCAAAGAAAGAAAGAGUGAUAUCCAGUCUGAAUCCAGUCUGUCUGUAUUAAUCAAACCAUUACAAAGCACCAAAAUGUGUUAAAUUUGGUUGACUUUGAUUUGAUUUAUUGUUCAUUUUUAAAUUGCUAAUGUUGGAAAUUAAUUUUUGAAACAAAAUACUGUAAAUGCAGAACAAACCCAGCCUUAAGUACCAAGUUUAUUGGUCAUACACAGGCCUUUCAUAUUGUAAUGUAAAUACUACUUUUUUCUUUUCUUUUUUAUCUGCAACGUCCUCUUACUCCAGUAGCUCAUGAUUAUAUCUUAUGGUUAUGGAGAAAGAUGCAACCACAUGUGAUUCUGACAUUCAGUGGAACGACAGCACAAUAGUAGGUGACAGUUAUACAGCAUCUUUGACAUGUGAUGAAAUUUGUAUUUUUCUAACAGUGAACACCUGUCAAAAAUGUCAUAUACAAUAAAUACAUUUACACGUU